CAAUAGAGGUUCAAAAGCAAUCCUGGUUGUGACAAAUCAUUGAAUAAUAUUAAUUGUAUUAUCGAAUUUUGUCUUUUUUUUUCAGUUACCAUGAACUACAUAAGAAAAAUAAUGCAGUUAUAAUGCAGCAGCUGUGUCCCUAUUGAUUGCCACUAAAAACAUGAUAACAGAAAGUUGAAUCAAAAAUAUCAGCAGUACCUUUACCUGUCAAGAUCUCAAAAGAGUAAAUUACUGUAUGGUUUCAGAUCCUGUCAACAAUGACUAGACCACAUAAGUUCCAUGCUUGAGGAAACAGGGAGAAAAGGAACUUAAUUGGGGGAUAUAUGAUUAUUGUGCCCGUGCCUUAAACCAGACUAUCGGUUAAUGAUGAUGCUGGUUGAUAGUUGAGCAGAUCUCUGGUCUAAACAACCAAAUCUACUUUUUUCUCCCGAUGGAGGUCGCUUCCGGUGCUGAGGGUCGAGACUGCCACUGCGUAACUUGUGCGUCCUUGCGGAAUGCAUAUCGCUUGGACUUUUCCAGAAAUACCUUCAACGAAUGUCAUGUUUAUGUUGGAAGCUCUGACGUUUAAAAUUGGUGUUGUGAUGGAAAAAACAGUUUCACCGUCUGAGAUCGUUGCUGAAGCAUGGACCAACAUAUAUGAUAAAGACAACCCUGAAGGUCUCUGGCAUUCUAUUCCCCUUAACCUUAUUGAGGCACCAAAUUGGGACGCUGCUACAAUUCAAGAUCAGAUAAAUGUCACUUUUGGAAAUGCAGUGAUCCUUACCAGCGAUGGCGAAUAUCGAUUUACAUUCAGAAUACGACGAAAACAAGCGACGGAAUGGAUCUGGCGUAGUGGCUUUAUGCAAGAUGGCAUCAUCGAGGUUCGACCUCCAUUUGGUGAGAAAUGGUCGCAAGGAUCUAACUAUAACAAAAUUCUUGGCACAGUUCAUCUCGGAAAUUUCAUAGCAGCAUCAAAGGCAGACCAGCUGGGCUUUGACGCUGUAUUAAAUCUUGCCGACAAUCUAGAUUUGAUCCCCGAAAAGUUUAGUUCCCCAGUGUUAUACACAAAGAUCCCACUUCGCGAUGGAGCAGUAAACCCAAUCCCCGAGGAUAAACUGAAAGAAGCAGUUGAAUGGCUUCAAAAACAUGGGCGCCAGUACAAAAAAGUUUUGGUCAACUGUCGAGCAGGCAUUGGACGUGCAGGAUCUGUAGCUGUUGCUUACGUGUUUGCAGAGAAUCCUACUAUGUCAUAUGAAGAUGCGUAUAAUUAUGUUUUCAAGCGACGAUUUGUAUACCCUCACAAAGGGUUAAGAGAUUCUCUUUACACACUGUUCCCCAGAAAACAGAUGUACAUGUAACUGAUAAUACUGAUGAUGUUGUGUAUUGUAACACAGCUUGAUACGAGGAGACAUGCAUGUAUAGGUGCUGAUAAAAUUAUGCCUUCUGCUUUUUGUGCUUGUUUGGCCAUACAUUAUACAUCAAUGCUCAAACAUUUCCCAUAUAUCCUUGCUUCGAUUAUACUAAGUAUUGGUAAAGAUGAGAGAAAGCUGCCAGUUCAAUCACAAAAAUACUAACGAACCAUCAUUUUGUUUUUAUAUGUAAUGCAUGUUCAAAUAAGGCCCAGAAUCUAAAAUGCCACAUUAUAACACCAACAUGCUUUUUUUUAAAAAGAACAUUCAUAACCUCAGUCUAGCUUAAAAAAAUCUUCAAAGAACAAACGCUUUGUUGUCAAUGUGUAAAGUAAUAGAUUACAAUAAAGAACAUUUUCAUUCGUUUCUCCUUGUACCUUAUAGGUACGCAAGAGGUAAGCAAGGGUUUUCUACGUAAGACUAAACACGAUAGAUAAACUCACAGCUGUGCUGCUGUCACAUUAAUACUAUUUUCUCUAUUAACAUUAGCAGUGCAAAGUCUUUUUCGGCGAAUGAUAUUCCAUACGUAAUUUUAGAGAGCCAAACAAGAAAUAGCCAAACAAACGCAAUAUGCUUGCACA